AGCUGUCAACAACUCCGUGUGGUGUUCCCAGGGCGCUACUUUUCCGACUAAACGUGCUACCUUCAACCUACCGCUGAAGUAAGAUGUCCUUCAAAGUUGGUCUCUCCUCGCACAUAUCUGUGGCGUUGUUCGUGUGUCUUGCAACCAUCCACUUGACAUGUGCAGCGGAGGAAUGCCCCGUGUCUACAGAAAGACUGGCAGUACAAAACCAGUACCCGGGAUGUGUGUGUCUUCAGGAGUUUGCCAGCGACCUGCGGAGCCCAGUGGCCAUGCUGCAACCGGACGACGGCACCGGACGAUUUUACAUCGUGGAGCAGCUCGGAGUGGUACGGGUCGCAGACAGGUACGGGCGGCUGCGGAGAGAGCCGCUCCUGGACUUGAGAAGGAGGGUGCUGACUUCGGACAAAGCCGGGGAUGAACGGGGGUUACUCGGCAUGGCGCUUCACCCCAGGUUCAACGAGAACGGAUACCUGUAUGUCUAUUACACCACUGAGGCAGGGGACACCAUGAAGGCAGUGGGAGAACCAAGGACCGUGGUGUCCAGGCUUAACGUCUCCACUGACGACGAGAACAAACUGAAGGAGAAGGUUGACCCUCGUUACGAGAAAGUCCUUCUGGAGAUCGAGCAGCCCACAGACCGGAACAACGGCGGGCAGCUGCUGUUCGGGCCGGACGGGUUCCUGUACAUCACCGUUGGGGACGGGGGAGCGGGAGGCGACACCGCGGGAGACAGGUCCUCCCUCCUGGGUAAGAUCCUGCGGAUUGACGUGGACGGGGCGGGCCCGGAGCGUCCGUACGGGAUCCCUGCAGACAACCCGUUUGUUUCCAAAGACCUGUGGCCGGACGCCAGGCCUGAGGUGUUCGCCUUGGGCUUCAGGAACCCCUGGAGAUGUUCACUGGACCCUGUAGACGACGGAGAACAUAACUCCCAACUUGUGACGCGAAAACCACCGCAUAAACUACCGAGUGAGCAAAGCGAAAGAAUGGAUCAAAUCAUCGUAGAUUUGAGAGUGGAAUUUCCAAAAACUUCUAACUUCAGCUGUAAGUUAAGAUUAAAGUGGAGCGGUCAUCUUGCUGUUGUUUUCUCAGGGGACGGUAGAGGGCGCAUCUACUGUGGAGACGUGGGAGACUCGGGCUACGAGGAGAUCAACAUCAUCAGUAAGGGUGGGGACCACGGCUGGCCCGACAGGGAGGGGCAUACAUGCCAAAACCCCACGCCUGGCAGCUGUGCUGGCGGAGGAUUCCCUAUAUCCCAUUUGAAAUUCGAAUGUAACGAAAUUCACAUGUGGCCUUCCUCUCCAGACGACAUCCCUCCCAUAGACGUGUACGCCCGCACGCAGGGAGAGAGGAUCGCCGUGAUCGGCGGGGUGAUGUACCGGGGAUGCGGCGUGCCUGACGUCAGGGGGCUGUACCUGUACGCCGACUAUCUGGGGCUGAUGAAUAAGGAGCUGUUCUACCUGGAUGAGCAGCCUAACGGUUCGUGGAUGAACGGGUCCAUCUGUGUGCUGGACAACAGAGAGUGCGUGACGGACCUCCAGCCGUCAGUCAAGAUUGAGGAUCACUUCAUCCUGGCCUUCGGACAGGAUUUCGAUGGUGAGGUAUACCUGCUGACCACCACCAGUCCAGUCGUGUCUCAGCGCACAGGGCGGAUCUUCAGACUCGUGGACCCCCGCUCUGCAGCCAGUUCUGUGGCCGUGAUACCCGUGGUCUUCUUACUGUCGCUCGCAUUGCUGGCUAUCAGAAUGGGCUAUGCUGUAUAGAAAUAUCUCUAUUUUAUUCGCAUGUUUACCGAUACUUUGCGAAGGUUACUCAUCAAACGCUACAGUUAGAUAAAUUCAUCCUAGUGACUCGAAAGGCAUGCCCAGUUGAUAUUCGCGAAGGUUUUGUAAUUCUUGAGUGUUCGCAGUGUUCUUGGUAUUUGAACAAAAACUCGCACAAUUUACAUUUUGUACUUCAUACCGCCAUUUACUAGUAUAUUGUACAGAUAUAAACUAUAGGUGAACGUUGCUAAGGCAACUGCAAAGCUACGUGAUGAUGCAAUAUUUCAAAUGUCUAUCUGUUUUAAGAUAUGCGUAUCCAGACAUCAGACUUUAGCACGCAGAUAAAGCUGUUUGCUACCAAUUCUCUAUUGGUAAAAGCUUAGGCAGCACGGAGAUGGUUCAUGAAUUUUGUACCAAGGCUUGACCGACAAGAAGAACACAUGUAUAGUGUCACUGAUUGUCUUGCACGGGGUAGGAGUGGGUACAGUGUACCGGUACAAAACCGUUUUUUUUUCUUAUUCCGGACCGGAAAAAUUCAAUGGACCGGAUGUUGGACCUAUUGGAAUAUGGACAGAUUAUAUGACCA